UUCGUAGUUUCGAUGGGUUUGCAGAGAAUUUAUAAUAAAAGGAUCGUUUGCUGAAUAUCAUUCAUUAUUUCAGCUUCAGAAGCCAAAAGAUGAAGUCAAUUGUAACAGUUUUCCUGGUGCUAAGCACUCUAGUUGCCGCUAUCAUCUGUGUGCCAGUGCCAGCAAAAAGUUCCCGCGAAGUGGUCUGUAAUGCAAAAGGAUGUACGUUCCCCGCCAAGGAUUACGGACCAACAGUGACACCGUACACUCCGACACUCAAGCCGAGAGUUCGAACCAUUGUCGUGCCACCGCUUUGGGCCAACACAACUUGGUCGAAAAUGAUGACCACUACUUUGGCACCCCAGAAAGAUCGAAGUUCAGCGAGAUCAGAAGAGGACACUUACGAUGACCGCGAAGAGGAUAACGCAGUGUAAAAGUGUGUCAUAAGAAUAAAUUUAUAAGAUGAAAGUAUUUUGAAAAAAUAAAAAUCCAAGAAUAUACAAUAAUAAAAAAAACAGUAGGGGUAUU